CAUGUAUCUUGUUAAUGGUUUGUUUUGCUUGCAGAUUGUAUUACCUGCUCAUUCUACAGCUUCACUUGGCUAGGAGUUCAGGUCUUUGCUUAGUUACCAUCAUGUCACAGGGCUGGCAUACAGACAACAAUUACCAAUCAUGGGAAAGAAAUUAUCCAGGAGUGCAGAUUAUUCCUGCCCCGGUAAGUUUGGGGUGAUAUUUUCAGACAUAAAUCCUAUAGGGUUCUGUGGAAACAGGGUGGUCAGUUGUCCUUUGACAAAAAUGGAAAAUGUGUAAUGUGGGUCUGCAUGCUUUUAUAGACUUCUUGGUUUAAAUGGGGCAAUGAAAUGGCUAACAUAUACUAAGAACAUUUUCUUAAAUUAAAAACAAAAGAAAAACUGCAUUAAGUGUAAAUUUGUGCUAAGUUCUAGAAUGGAGCAGUCAUUCAAUCAUCGGCAGACUUUCACUGGAUUCCAAAGUGACUGUUUUACUUCUAGAACUUUCCAAUUCUAUAUAAUUGCUAUUUAUAUCUAACUGUAUUUUGGGAGAAUAAAUAAAGACAUUGCUUUGGAAUAUUUUAGCUUUAUAAAUAAAUAAUAAGCAAUCACACAGUGUAAUAUUGGUGCCAGGUAGCAAAGGGUCUUUGCAAAUGCCUUUUUUUUUGGUUUGUUUUAGGGAUUUUAUUGUGAGAAAAUAUCUAUUAAUGUAUAGGAAAGCAUUGGGAGAUUAUUGCGCAUGUGCCGCAAAAUGCAGUGCUGGCCAAUCAGUAUCUCCUCAUAGAGAUGCAUUGAAUUAGUGCAUUUCUAUGGGGAACGUUCAACGCCUCCAUUAAGUGCAUGGAUAUGCUGAACGCCACACCGAGAUAGGCGGCAUCUCUAGUGGCCAUCUGAGUGACUGCCAUUAGAGGUUUAACUAGCCUCCAAUGUAAACACUGCCUUUUCUAUGAAAAUGUUGUUUACAGUGCUAAGGCUUCAGGGACAUGCUUUAGACACCAGAACCACUACUACUAUAGUAGUUCAGUGAAAUCCCCAUAGAAAAACAUUGAGUCUUUUUUUAAAACCAUUUAUGUUCCACAGCGGGAGGGUGGGGGGCAGAGGGUACCAUAGUAUUAGGAAAACAACUUUGUAUUCCUAACAUUAUAGAAUCCCUUCAACGUCAGGAUUAAAUAUUUAGAAUUAGAUAAUGAUAUGGCUUUCAGACAAGUGUGAAAAAUCUAUAUUGCAAGGUUGACAUAAAAUUAAUGCAAUAAAGUGCACUUUUUAUAGGUUACGUUCCUGUCAUUAAACAGAAUAAUUCAGAACAAUAGCUACUGGUUCUUCCUUAAAACUAAAAGACACUUCCAUCCAGGUCGCUUCCAGUCCAGAGUUCAGUUCCAUUUUCGGGGUAUUUUUCUUUUCCUUUACUUGCACAGAAGAUUUUAGGAAGGGAAGAGGGAAGCAGUGGUUGGCAGACAUGAAGAGGUGCAAGAUCCACCAGCCACAAGCAUUAUUAAUCUUUAUCACUGGUGAUGCAGAAAGAUGAGAUGCAGACAUUUCCCUCUCUUGCUCCAUUGCCACAUGAAGUCUACCUGCUUUAUUAUUCUAGAUAUUCAGAUAUUUCAUUAAAAGGGAUACUCUAGUCACCAAAACAACUACAGCUUAUUGAAUUUGUUCUGGUGAGUAGAAUCAUUACCUUCAGGCUUUUUGCUGUAAACACUGUCUUUUCAGAGAAAAAGCAGUGUUUACAUUACAGCCUAGUGAUAACUUCACUGACAACUCAUCAGAUGGCUGUUAGAGAUCCUUCCUGGGUCAUGGCUGCCUAAAAUGGAUCCAAACAUUCAGUGUCUCCUCCUUCUGCAUGCAGACACUGAACUUUCCUCAUAGAGAUUCAUUGAUUCAAUUUAUCUUUAUGAGGAGAUGCUGAUGGGACAGGGCUGUGUUUGAAUCAUGCUGGCUCUGCCCCUGAUCUGCCUCUUUGUCAGUCUCAGCCAAUCCUAUGGGGAAGCAUUGUGAUUGGAUCAGGCCACCACUUCUGAUGAUGUCAGAAGACUGCUUGUUUUUUUUAGGAAAACAGCAUGCAGAUGUACGGCUUCUGGCUUGAAUACAGUAAGAUGUUGCUAUAUUUAUGGAGGCAUGAGGGGCCCAGGGGGGCUAGAUGGUGGUUUUAACACUAUAGGGUCAGGAAUACAUGUUUGUGUUCCUGACCCUAUAGUGAUCCUUUAACCCCUUAAGGACUGGACUGUUUUUGCGAUGUUGUACAUUUGCGACCAGGAAUAUUUUUACACUUUUCUGGUGUUUGUGUUUGGCUGUAAUUUUCCGCUCUCUCGUUUACUGUUCCCAUACAAAUUAUAUAUUGUUUUUUUCAGGACAAAAGGGGCUUUCUUUACAUACCAUUAUUUAUAUAAUCUCAUGUAUUUUAAUUUAAAAAAAAUAAAAAAAUAUGAUGAAAAAUUGAAAAAAUACAUGUUUUUUUACUUUUACUUGAAAAAUCUUUUACUCAUCUACAAAAGCGAAUGAAAAAACUGCUAAAUAGAUUCAAAAUUUUGUCCUGAGUUUAAAAAUACCCAGUGUUUACGUGCUUUUUUGCUUUUUUUUGCAUGUUAUAGGGCUAUAGGUACAAGUAGGAUAUUGCGGUUUCAAAACAUGCAUUUUAAAAAUUUAUCAAUAGUGACAUUGUAACACUAUUAUCUGUCAUAAAUCUCUGAAUAACACCCCACAUGUACAUAUUUUUUUUAAAGUAGACAAUCCAGGGUAUUCAAUAUGGGUUAUGUCCAGUCUUUUUUAGUAGCCACUUAGUCGAAAACACUGGCCAAUGUAAGCAUUCAUAUUUGUUUGUGUGUGAAAAAAGUAAAAAAACUAAAUUGAACGCAAAUUUUGGCCAGUGUUUGUGACCAAGUGGCUACUAAAAAAGACUGGACAUACCCCAUUUGCAAUACCUUGGGUUGUCUUCUUUUGCAAAUGGUAUGCCAUCAUGGGGGUAAUUCUCAUUCCUGGGCUAUCAUACGCUCUCAAAGGCAACGUAACCAACCUGGCCAUUUUCAAUGUAAAAAUAUUUGACCCAUGUAUUUGUCCUUGUAACUUUCAAAAAUGCUAUAAAACCUGUACAUGGCGGGUACUGUUUUACUCGGGAGACAUCGCUGAACACAUAUAUUAGUGUUUAAAAACUGGAAAACGUAUCACAACAAUUAUAUCAUCAGUAAAAGUGCUGUUUGUGUGUGAAAAAUGCAAAAAAAGUAACUUUCACUGAUAAUAUCAUCACUGUGAUAUGUUUUACUGUUUUGAAUCACUAAUAUUUGUGUUCAGCGAAGUCUCCCGAGUAAAACAGUACCCCCCAUGUACAGGUUUUAGGGUGUCGUAGAACGUUACAGGGUAAAAUACAGUGCUAACAAAUUAAAUUCUCUGGAAUUUCGGCCUGGGUUGGCAGGCAGGUCCCUCAAAUUGCAAUCAAUAAAAUUACUGAAUUAUGUAAAAAUAUUACAUAAAUACGCACGUAGAAUUUAAAUAUAUAUGCAUAUUUAUAUAUUUGAAGUCUACGUGUAUAUUUAUAUAAUUAUUUAUGUAAUUUUGUAUAUGGGCGUAUGUAUAUUUCUUAUUAUUUUUAUUUAUUUUUAUAUACAUAGAUAUAUAUACAAAUUCAUUUUAAGUGUAUUUUGAUAUAAAUAUAUAUAUAUUAAUUUUAAAAUACAGUUAGAAUAAAAUUUCAUAUAGCUAUAUAAUUUUUUAAAUUUUUUUUAUUAUUUUUAAAAAAAUUAUUUAAUUUAAAUUACUUAUUAUUUAUAUUUUAUAAUAAUAUAUAUAUACAAUCUAUAUAGUUAUUAUAUAUAUUAUAUAUAUACGUGUGUAAUUUAAUUAUAAGUGUAUUGUUAUAUUAAUAUAAGUACAUAUUAAUAUAAAAAUACACUUAGUAUGGCAUUAUAUAUAUGAUAUAUAGACAUAUAUUAUAUAGAUAUAAUAUAUGUCUAUAUAUCAUAUAUACACAUAUAUAAUUAUUAUAAUUUUUUUUAUUAACAUUAACUUUAUUUUUUUUUUUGAUUUUACACUAGCAGGGAGACUGCCUGUCAGCACAGGCAGUCCCCCUGCAGGCAGACACAUGGACACCUAUUGUGACCAUGUGAUCGCUCUGUUAAGCGAUCACAUGGCCACAGGGGUCCUAAAUCAGUGUGGGGAGACUGUCUGGGCUGCAGGCAGUCUCCCCACACCGGGAGCCAUGCUGAUCGCCGCCGGGGGAACGACGGCGAUCAGGUAAGUAACGGAAACCGUUAGGACGGUUCAGGACCGUCAUCGGUCGGCAAUGGGAAAAUCCCGAUGACGGUCCUGAACCGUCCUCGGUCGGGAAGGGGUUAAAGCCUUUGUUGAGUGAAGCUCCCUCCAUUGACACGAAUGGAAACAAUCGCUUACUGUUUCUUUUCCAACCUGCCUUCAUUCCUAGGUUUCCCAGCAUCCUACCAUAAUUCAACAAAUUCCUGGAGGAUUCGUUCCACCCCUGUCUCAUCCUAUAAGACAUGGUAGUGCCAAAGAAGGUGAGAAGCUUAUUAUUUAAUUCAAGAACUACUACAACACAAUGAAAUCCAUGUUGGAUGUUUCCAAUUAUCUUCCUUAGAAUUAAGCAACAUGGAAGUUCUAAUUUGCAAUCAAUAUUAAAUGUCAUUAACAUAUUAUAUAAAUAACGAUUUAUAUUUUUUCCCUAGGCCCAUUCUUUACUUCUUUAUAACCUCUUCCUGAAACAGCAACCAUUGUUCCACAUAACAGUUCUUGUAAACUCAUCCCAUUAAUCCAUAUAACCUCUCACUAUAACUCCUCCUAAUAUUCCAUAUAACCUCUCACUAUAACUCCUCCUAUUACUCUAUAAAACCUCUCACUAUAACUCCUCCUAAUAUUCCAUAUAACCUCUCACUAUAACUUCUCUUAUUACUCCAAAUAACUUCUCCCUGUAACCCCUCCUAUUACUUAUAUACCCUCUCUCUAUAACUCAUCCUAUUACUCCAUAUAACCUCUCUAUAACUUCUCCUAUUACUCAAUAUAACCUCUCUCUAUGACUCCUCCUAUUAUUCCAUAUAACCUCUCCCUAUAACUCCUCCCAUUACCCCAUAUAACCCCUAUUACUCCAUAUACCCUCACUAACACCUCCUAUUACUCCAUGUAACCUCUCCCUAUAACUCCUCUUAUUACUCUAUAUUAUCUCUCCUCCUAUUACUCCAUAUAACCUCUCUCUAUAACUCCUCCUAUUACUCCAUAUAACCUCUAUCUAACCCCUAUUACUCCAUAUACCCUCACUCUAUAACACCUCCUAUUACUCCAUGUAACCUCUCCCUAUAACUCCUCUUAUUACUCUAUAUUAUCUCUCCUCCUAUUACUCCAUAUAACCUUUCCCUAUAACUCCUCCAAUUACUCCAUAUAACUUCUCCCUAUAACUCCUCCUAUUACUCCUUAUUAACUCUCGCUAUAACUCCUCAUAUUACUCCAUAUUAACUCUCUAUAACGCCUCCUAUUACACCAUAAAACUUCUCCCUAUAACUCCUCCUACUACUCUAUAUUAUCUCUCCUUAUAACUCCUCCAAUUACACAAUAGAUCUCGUCUGAAGACUUUGUAAGCCCCCUCUUUUUCUUCAGCCCAUACUUUCUGUGGCUGUCCAAUUACAGACUUCCCAGUGCAGCUCAAUGAAAAGGACACUUGCUGCCUCUUGAAUUUAGCUCCAGUGAGCUAAAUAACCAGGAAGUAACAGGACCGAUUGUCUGAUUGCUACAUAUGACUUGAAUAUAUAGGUAUCCUGCAUGCAAUUACUCCUCUUUAUACACACAGAUUUAAUUGAAUUGAUGAUGAUUCAGAAUGCACAGAUGCACCAGGUUAUCAUGAGCAACAUGACAAUGUCAGCACUGUCAAGCUUUGGAUAUGGAGCUACACAGCCUACACCCACGGUAGGUGGCUUAACAGGGUCAAUGAGGUACACACUACAUAUAGCAGCAAUCCAUUAAAGUUUGACAAUUAAUGUGUGUCUCUGUUCUCUAGCCCCCACAGCCAACUGUGAUCUCAUUACCUCUAGAGGCAGAAGAACCUGUUGUGUAUCACCACCACUAUGAUUCAUAUCCUGCAAAUUACCAAACAUAUCCAAUGUACCCUAUGUGGCAGCCACAGCCUCAGAUCCAACACCGUGAACCAACAGUCAGACAUUUGGAGAUGCCACCCAACACUCCUGCCCAUCUUGGAGACCAGUGAGGCAUUGCUGUAUAUUUGUGUGUGCGUGUGUGUCUGUGCGCAUGUGUUGUCCUCAGCCAGCCAAAGGCAUGUUUGGAGAUAUAGAUAACCAACAAUCAUUCAUUAUAACCAGUUCUGGCUUAGAGUACAUCCCUGUGAAUUUGUAUAUAGGUAAAAACAGAAAUGCAUUAAUGUCUGUUAAUGGUCAGCUAUUAAGGAAACAGACCAAAAUCAGGCACAAAAAUCCUAUUAAAGCCUAGGUACAACAAAUUACACUGUGGUUUUCUUUUGUUUUUAAAAAUGAAUUAUGGACUAAUUUUAUUUUUAAAUGGAAGUGAAUAGUCCAUUCAUGGUCAAAGCACUGCUUUAAAAAAUCCCUGUUACAACAGAGACAGGCAAUCAUGCUCUCUUAAUCAUUGCUGGACUAUUAUUCCCACUAUCUUUAUGCUUUAUAAAUGACAGUAAUAAAAAUAAAGAUUGCCCUUUAAUAGUUGAUGAGAAUGGUGCAUCAGAAGAGCCAGUAUUAUUUGUCUCUUACUUCUGCAGAUAACUUAAGAUAUGUAUUGAGAUUAUUCCUUUGAUUUGAAAGGAUGGUAAAUAUAAGCUAUUUGCGAAAUGUGUGUGUUUGCAAUAUUUGAAAAAUUCAGUUACAUACGGUUUGAACAGGCUUGGUACAGUUGUACACAGCUACAUUUACCAAGGAUAUGAGAGAUUUCUUAGUACCCUGCUGUGCUCAUGAGUUACAAAAGUCCAAACUACAAAGUUCAUGUGUGACAGAACUUAGGUACUCCGACUGAGUACCACCACCAGGUCAGCUUUCUUGCUACUACCAGGAGAUUCUGGAGCACUUGAGACAGUCCCAAAAGCUUGACUGGGUUCUCUAAUCACCUCUUCCACCAGACCAGGCUGCAGAGAAUAUAGCAAUGAAGACUCUCCCUCCUGUAGAGCAGUGAUUAUCACUUUACUACAGCUUUUCCCUCACAUAUUAGAUGAGUCUGAAUGUAGGAAAUAGAAUGAACUUCAUUGCACAGCACACAGCUUUUUAUACACAGCAAUGUUGACUCUCCCUGCAGGGGGUCUUCCAUACAAUGCAAUGUAUGGUAUAAUUGUCCCUCCCUGGCGCCACUCUGUCUGGGGACUUAAUUACAUUAUCCACCGCUAACACAAUCGGCUCCCUGCUGUGUCCUAAAAGUCCUAUAGGCACAGAACACAAAAUGUGUGCCAGAACCCCCUUUCUCUGGACUGUACCCACACUUGUCACCGAACUUCUUCGCUGAACAAAAAGCGUCCAGACUGGAGAAUCGGUGCUUGAGUUGUAGCGUGUUAAAGUGUUACCGGGUGGCGGCUAUCCUCUGAUAUGGCGAGAAAUUCAGUCAUGCAGCGGCUUAGUGCCAGUUUCACAAAAAAGGCUCCUGGACCCCUGGGGAAGGGAGCGCACUCAAGUCACAAGUGUCUUUAGAUGUUUCCUUGCCUGCCCGAUCUCCACUCCAGAUAAUGCUCUAUUUGGAAGUCGGGGGACCGAGCGAUACCCACUUAAUGAUUUACCAGACCUCAACACAGUCCAGAUCCGAGGAACAGUUCCAGAGUGAUUUAGGGUAUCUCCGGGUCAAGAGCUCGAGGUGUAAAAUGAGUCCAAGCGACCCCCUGGAGCUUCUGUCACACCAUCAAUGGUCAUUGGUCCAUUUGAAUGUACAACACUAAAUUUCAAAAUGUACUUAAAUCAGAUAUAAGUUUUUAUAACUUUUUUUCUCCUUGAUACUUUAAUAAUACUUAGCUAGAAAUUAAAGGACCACUAUAGGCACCCAGACCACCUCAGCUCAAUUAAGUGGUCUGGGUGCUAGGUCCAUCUAGGAUUAACCCUGCAGCUGUAAACAUAGCAGUUUACAAUAGGGUUAACCCAGCCUCUAGUGGCUGUCUUAUUAACAGUCACAAGAGGCACUUAUGACUGUGAUUUUCACAGUGUGAAGACGCUGCCGUCCAUAGGAAAGCAUUGAGAAAUGCUUUCCUAUGGACUGAUUGAAAGCGCACACGGCUCUUGCCGCGCAUGCGCAUUCGGUGGACAUCGGAAGAGGGAGGAGAGUCCCUAGCGCCGAGGGAGCCUGGCGCUGGAGAAAGGUAAGAAUUUAUCCCUUUCCUCCCCCUUCAGCCUGGCGGGAUUGGGACGAGUUUGUUUUCCUGGCACUAUAGUGGUCCUUUAACUGUGUAAUUCCACCUUGUCUAUCUAAUAAAAACCUACCUGCUUUUAGAUGACAGUUGUGACAAACAUCUACCUAAUAAAAAUGGUCAAAUAUACAUUUUUAAUAAUGUAAAAUUUUGCCCUGUAAGUUCCAUUUUAUAACAGAUGUUUGUGUGUUUCUACAGACGAGCUGUUCCACCACCUCCCCCUCUGAGUGCAACUGGCACAGUGGGUGCUGAUGUUCCUCCAGCUUCAGGUAAAAGCACGUAAAGCGUAUUGUAUUAUCCAUCCCUCGAUAUAUGAGCGAAGGCUAAUCAUUGGCACUACAGCUGUUGUUUACACGGGUCCCAUAACGGUCCACAUGGCUGCCAUCAUGGGAAAUAUCAGUCUAUAAUAAUAGCACUAACAAACUUUAGCCAUCACUCGUAUAAGAUGACUGCUAAAUGCUUUGACAUCAAAUCAGGGGACUGCCAGUACACUCUAAGCAAAAUACACACUACAGCUUAUUAGUGUUUCUUUGAGGGGUAUUUUUAAAAAAAAAAAAAAAGAAAAGAAAGAGAAGAAAUUGAAUAACUAUUAUUUUUAUGUAGAUUGGGUCCUUGUUGGACACUGAAAAAAUCUCUUAGAUCUCCAUUAUAUAAUGUUUGCAAAAAUAGCUACUUACUUUUCAGGCUAGGGUGGCUAUCAUUCAAAGGUCACUUUAAAUUAUCUAUGGAGACACACAUGAGAAUUGCAUCAAUCAAAUGUUUCUUUUCCCAGCCAUCAUGCAAACUUUAAUAUGUGAGGACUUAAUGAUGUCCUUAUUCAUCGCUAAGGCAUCCUUACAUUGUACUGUUAAAGGCGUAGAUUAUAAGGAAGAAAAAAAACACAGUCUUACAUGUCCUUAUGAUAGUAUGUUCUUUGAGAGUGACAGUAAUUUAUUUGCACAAAGAGUUUGGUUGAUGGUGGUUAGUGCUAUGGAGUGUAAACGUAUAUUUCUAGGUUCUGAACAUGUUCUAAGCAUAUCUAUCUAAGGAUAUUUACAAUAAUGAAUAUAUAUGCUUUAUAUUAGUUACUUUCUACAACAAGGGAUAUGUGUGAGUUUCCAAUUUAAGUUCUGCCCUACCCAUUUAUAUAUAUAUUUUUCUAUUUAUUUGUUAUCUUUCAGAAUACUAUGACUUGGCUGACGCAAGAUUAUAAUGGAACAACAAUCUGCUUAUUCUUAAACUGAAGAUGAAAAAAAA